AUGUUUCAACAGCCAUACACGACGGAGUAUGUACAAAAUGCACCAAAUAUUGACCCAAUUAAACCGGAGCAAAAGAAUGCUGAAGUGAAGACUAUUUGCCAAGAUUGGCCAUUUGCACUACUUUUUGUAGUGAAUGUGGGUGUUAUUAUCGCACUAAUGGGCUUAUGGGGCAUCAAGACGCUGACGGAUCCGGAAAAUAACUCGAGCGAGCUAUUGUCGGGUGAUGAUACAAAGGUUGCGAUCGUUAUUGCCACUGGCAUGGCCGUUGUGUCCAUGACAUUGGCUCUACUGCUGGUUAAGCUUAUUGUAGCCUACGCACGUGUCAUGAUUCUAUUCGUGCUUUGGUUCAAUGUGGUCAUUUCAUUUGCUUUUGCAGGUUAUGGAUUCAUGAUUGGCAAUGUUUUUAUUGCUGUUAUUGGUCUCCUCAUUGCUCUCUUGAACCUUUGCUACGCUCGUGCCGUGCAGCACCGCAUCCCGUUUGCUGUUGCCAACUUGCGUGUGGCUGAAGGUGCGAUUGCUAAGCAUUCGUCCACCUAUGCGGUAUCGAUUGUUUUCACUAUUGUUCAGAUCGUGUGGGUGGUAAUAUGGGCGAUGGCUUUACUUGGUGUCGCCAACAAGAUUGCUAAAAACAAUCCGAGCUCUACGAGUACCACAACGUCUUCGAGAUAUACGUACAAGCAGUCGGGGGUUUCAUAUGUUGCGUACUUUUUCCUGCUCCUGUCAUUCUACUGGGGCCUUCAGGUUUUCAAGAACGUUGCUCACACUACCGUCGCGGGUACGGUCGCGACAUUCUGGUACAACGCAGAGUCAUCUGGUGCUACGGGUGCCUCACUGAAGCGUAGCAUGACUUCAUCAUUCGGAUCCAUUUGCUUUGGCUCGCUCAUUGUCGCCUUUUUUGCAGGCGCUUCGCGCGUUGGCGGAAAAUGGGCGCCAGGAGGGGAGCGCCUUGGCAUGUGUUGCUGA